AAAAAAACAAAAAUACAAAGUCUAUAAAAAUCAAUAAACGAAAGGUAAAACAAAAAAAUACAAAAACAAAAAAAAUUAAAAAAAUAAUUUUUAAUUUUACAACUGGUUAUCGAAGCUUUGCCAAAUGCCAGCAAAUAAAAGCUAGAUGUGUUUGAAGUUGUGUGCGUGUGUGUGUGCGUAGGCAAAUUCGGUGCCUUAUUUUAUCGUUUUUUGUUGCGUUUUGCUUCUACUAUUUUAUCAAUUCAAGCUGCGUUAUGAUUUUUCACUGUUUGUGACUUAAUUAACGCUCUGCGAUUUGCAUAUGCAAAAUUAUGCGUAAUUUCUGCCCAUUAAGCAUUCUAAAUUACAUAAUUUGCUAAUUUAAAAAAAAUCAUAAAAAAUAGAGCAAAUUAAAUAAUAAUUACAUAUAUAAUUAAGGUGAAUGAAAAUAAAUAAAGUAUGGCUAAGUGAUUGUGCGUGCAUUUUUGAAAUUGAACAAAAAUAUAGAAAAGCAUUCAUAUUCCUAUAUUAAUUGCAGCUCAACUUCUCAAAGUGGGCAACGCUGGCUGGACGCGGUCAUAUGAAGUAACAUGCACACACAUACAAACAAACACUUGUGACAUUGCAGGAGAAAAUUAAUAAACACAACAACAAUAACACCGAGAACAGCAUGCAGCACAUGGCUGCGCUGGAAAAAAUUUAACGAUGCCACAUAUUGUUGCAAUUGUUGCAGAAUGUGGAAUCUGGAAUAAAAAUGCGCGCAUAAAUUACCGCGACAACGGCAGACAUUGAAAAAAGAGCAAUAAAUUUGUACGCUGGAAUUCGCAGCGACUACCAAAUUGAGCGAACUGUGCAGCAAAGAAAAAAGAUAAAAUAAAAAGCAACAACAACACAUUAAAGUGCACUGCCAACCGCGAUAUAGCCGCACGUUGCCACGCAUUUAGCAUUGGAAUGCUAGCCGUUUGCGUCAGCAGCUGUUGCUCUAGCGUUUGUUGUUGUUGUGGCAGUGACUUUUCUGCAGUGCGGCAGUUAAGGUGCGUGGCGCGCAUUCGCCAUUGACCGGAAAAUCAACGUCAACAUUAUUGACGUGCGCAACAUUAAAUGGCAGCACUGCAAGCAAACGCCAGCACACACAUACAUAAACAUACAUACUAUGUGUAACGACAGCUGCCGGUAGACGUGGCUGAGAGCGUGUCUUUUAGCCGGCCUGGGAACCAGCGUUAAGUGCGCUAUGCUGCCCGGAACCAAAGUCACAGCCAUAAGCUACGCAAGACGCAUGAAAAUAAAGCAAAGCAGCAAGCAAUAACAAGAAACAGCGAAGAAAUAAAAAAAACUUGUAAACUUGUAUGUUUGGAAAUCGAAUUGUAAAAUCAGCAGUUAAGUGCGUCGUCGCGCCUCCCCCACAUCAACGCAACCGCCUUCGCCGCGAUGGAGGAGGAUGUCUUAAAUGCGCUGCAGACGCGCACGGCCUACUUGCCCGGCGGCUACGAUCGCGCCGGCAAAAUUAUCGUCGUUGUUAACAUCAUCAAUGAUUUACAAUUGUGGAAUCGCCGUUGUUUGGAGCUAUCGAUUGCCUACUUAAAAAGUGCGUUGAGCGCCGCCACUUUGCAGCGCGGCGUCACCGUUAUCGUGGACGCGCAGAAGAGCACGACACGCAUCACACGCACGCAUGCGCGCAUCAUUUACGCGCUCUUCGAUGAGAUCACAGUCAAUUUAUUUCUAGUCAGAGCGGAGGGCUUCUGGGAGAAGCAUGUGGACACCUGCACGAGCAAGUCGCAGGCGAAGGGCGAGUUUAAUGUAAUUUGUGUUUUUUGCUUCACACAUUUCCAGCCCGUUGUGCUCUCGAAGGCGCGUUUGAUAAAAUACUUCGACCUGUCACAGUUGCCAGAGGAGCUGGGCGGCACUUUGUCAUUUAACUAUGAUUUAUGGCUGCAACAAAGAAAGGCCAUUGAUGAGUUCCAAAAGACUUUCGAUUCGACGCUGAGUAGCAUGGAGAAUCUGCACGUGGUGCUGCUGAAUAAUAAAUCAUUGCGGCCAACGGAAGCGGAUGUUGAGUUGAAGAAGUGUGCACAGCUGCAUACGAGCGUACAACAACAAAUCGAAGUGGUCAUCGAGUUGGGUAAUCGCGUGUUGAAUCGGCUAUCGGAAGCUUAUGCGCCGCCCAGAGUGGCACCAACGCCGCAAAUAUCCGCCACAACCAACGUCUUAACACCCGCUAUCAACAGCACAGCAACAACAUCCUGCCAUGAAUCCCACAACAACAAUAACAACAGUGUACAAACACAAACGAAUUUCAACUGCGCCACAGCCAACACACCCGCCACACGCUUGCCACUGCCGCCGGAUCUGCAAUACGCACGCGCACGCAUCGAACUGCUGCUGAACCAAAUCGAACGCAAACAAACGGAAAUACGUACCGCGUGGCUGGAACUCUUACAGAGCAUACGCGAGGCACGCGAACUCACACAUCUGGAAGAGGGUGUCGCCUUCGUCACGAACUGGAUACUACAGACUGCCGAACAGAUGCUCAGCCGACAGUAUAGCAUUGGCGGCGAUGUGCACAGCUGUGAGACGCUGCGCGCCGCACACGAUGUACUCGAACUGGAAUGUCGCGAAACGUAUGGCUUCUAUGCGGAAUUGUUGUAUAAAAUCGAUGCAUUCGCUGGGGUGAAGGACUCGCACGCAUAUAAGGAUCUGAUGUCACAAUGUGAUUUUAUGCAAUUUGUGUGUCGCUCAUUCGCCACACGACUGGAGCGGCGUCGGAAUGUGUUGAUCACAUCUUUGCGGUUUUUUCGACUCGUCAGCGAAUAUUUCGAUCGGACCACUGCGGUUUUCGAAACACUAGUCAUGGGUAAUAAAAUAGCCGAGGAGAAUUUUGUGACGGCUGCGGAGACUUUGCAGCAGCUGAAGGAGAGUCAGCUGAGCUUGGGCAACCUGGAACGCGAACUCGUUAAGGAGGGCGAAAAGCUCAGCGAUAUGCUGGCGAUGCCGGUGAAAGAUGCGCUUGGCCGUGACCUACACAUCGACUACAGCGAAGAUAUCGGCAAUGUGCGCGAUAUUUUGGACACGACGUUGGCGCGCCGCAACAUCUUCGGCGACAGCGUUGAACUGCAGAAACUCACCUUGGAACAAGUGACACACAUUUACACAUACGAAGCGGAUGGCCGUAUGGCCAUUAAAUGGAUGGAGGAUUUGUACAAUGUCAUGAUCAAGUGCCAUUCGCACGUCGGCUGUAAUAUACACGAGAUACAGGUGCAGAAGGAUGAAUUGCAGACAUUUCAAGAAACUGGAAAGAGCAUCUACAACUAUGGCUGUCAAUUACUGGAAGCUUCACAGGCGCUGCGCAUUUCCUGUCGCCUCGAUGCCGAAGCAAUACCACAACGCAUGUCACAGCAAUUGCAGCACACUUGGCACCGAUUGCAGGCCGUAAGUCAGGAACAUAUGACACGCUUGCGCGUCUCGGCCGUCUUCCAUCGCAGCGUUGAGGAGUACUGCCAACAGCUGCAGGAGCUGCGCUUAUCGGUGCGUAAUCUGAAGCAGACGCCGAACAGCAGCAGCGGCAUCAGCAGCGAAUCGGACACACGCGCAUCGCCGCCAAUCAUCAUCGGCGGUAGAGAAACAGUAGACGAGACGGUAGAAAGAAGCAGCCGCGAUGGCGCAGAAGAAGUGGGAACUACACACAGCAUUGGUGGCUAUGCGGACAAGUCGACUACGACGAAUGGCGCAGCGACGACGACGACGAAGGGGGGCGCAAGCGGUGCGGCGGCGCUGCUGCGUGAUCAGCUGCGUAAACAUUUGGUGGUGCGCGAACAGCUGCUGCUCGAAGUGGGUCGCAUGGUGCGGUUGGGCCGACUGUUGAAAACCCGUUUGAAAGAACCAUUCGUCUUGGAUGCCGUUACGGGGAUGAGCAUUACAGUUGAUGAACUGGCAACGGAUGCUUCCAGUUCGGCCGGCGAUACGCAAACACAGUCGUCGUCCAGUCCAGUUGGUACGGUCGAUAGCGCCAGCACCGCCGAUUCCAAUACUAUUGUUAUAAAACCGACGGGAAAUAAUGAUAUUGCCUGUGCAGCGAUCUCGCAUAAGUUGCAGGAGAUCGCUGAGGUGGCUGAAUCGCUGGAUGCUGCGAUACGUGACGUGCAACAGGAUGCGGAAGCGUUGGAGGUGAAUGCGACAAGCAGCGCUGAGAAGAAGCGCGAGGCUAUGCGGAGUUACAGUAGUGAGGACUGGCACUCACGCUCCACCGAAGAUGACUCCUUCGUUACCGCAUCCGAGGGCAAUUUCACGCCACACUCGCAUUCGUCGUCAUACCAAACGGCGUCCGGACGCACUUCCUCGUUCAUUAGUUGCGAUAAAAGCUCAUUUGAUGUGAGCGAAGCCGAUGACUCCACCUUCGCAUCGACAUUUGAAAUACCCGCGGACAUUAAUAUGUCCUACGACGGUACCGAACAUAGUUUUGUAUCCGCACAACAGCAAGACUCCACACCCUCACCACAACGACAAGAGCUACACCAACAACAAAACAUAAAUGAUUCACCAAAUGAUGGUGGCGCCUAUGCUUUACCACCCGCCCAAAGCGACGACGGCGACGGCAGCAGCAUCGCCGACAUUGAGGAGCUGCACAGCCAAAGCGUGACACCGACACCGGGUGACGGCGAUGUAGAGCACUAUAACUACCAAAGCAUACCAAUCGAGUCGGAGUCCGACUUGGAGUCAAGCUGUAUAGCAGAUUCGCCAUCGCUGCAGGUGCUAACGGAGGAGGUGCCGGUCACAUCGGUGACGCCGGAGGUGAGCACGUGUUCAAGUACUGAGCCACAGCAAAUGCAAAAGCAAAAGCAACAGCUACAGCAGCAACCGCAAACCAAUUAUAACAAUAACAAUAACAGCAAUACUAACAACAACAACAACACUAGCAAUACGAGUAGUAAUCAAAAACCGAAUGCGGCCUGGCGUCGCAGCAAAUAUUAUGAGAACAUAACCAAGCAAACCAUCAAGGGCUUUCUAUAGGUGAAAUGCGUGAGUGCAUGCGGGGGCGUUGGUGGCGUCCGCAAAGCGACAAUGCCAACACCAACGCCAACGCUGGUUGCGCUCAAUAUACAACAACAGCGCUUUGCAUGCACACACACCCACACAAAUAUACAUAUUUUAAGUGUGUAUGUAUGUCGAAAUGUGUGAACACAAUAUCCGAGCAUAUUUUCGAAAAUUUAUUUGCUUUGGCUAAAUUAGUUUGCUAUUUAUUUGCUGAUAGGCAGCAACUAACCAUGAACUUAACCGCACUUUAUUGUUGCCUUGGCGCGCUCGAGCAGUCGGAAAUGACUACUGAGUAAAUAAGCAGUUGUUUGUAUGUAUGUAUGUAUUUUUUGUUUUUGUAUACGUUUUUGUUUUUGUUUUUUUGUAAAGUAGCUUAAUCAUAAAUUUUCGUAAAUGACUGCGGCAAAAUCAUUGAAGAAAUUUACAUAAAUAUUUUUGUUUAUGUGCAUAAAAUAUAUAAGUAUGUUUCUAGAAAACUUAUAAUUUAUUUAUUUUGGAAAUUUUAAGCAAAUACAAGUGCCAAAUACAUGCCUGGUUGGCUUUUGGCGUCAUUUGGCAGCACCAAAGCGCUAAAAUAUAGAAAUUGUACUGUGGGCAAAAAAUAGUAAGACUUAAGCUCUUUAUCAAUUCUGGCUAUUAUUCCUGAAAUUGAUUUUAACAACUGUUUCGAGGAUUGAAAAAACGUUGACACAAGUGUAUUAGCGCCAAAAGGCAUUACUUUGAGUAGGACGCCAUAGAUUUUGAAAAAUAUCUUUUUGAUUUUUAAAAUUAUGAACAAAGUCUUACUAUUUUUUGCCCAAAGUGGUCAGCCCAUGCAUACAAACAAAAUAUAUAUAAAAACAAAAACAAAAAUAAAAAAACAAAAAAUAAUCAAAAAAUAGCUACAAACAAUUAUGACCAAGAAAUGCCUGCGAAUGCAAUUUUAAUGCAACUAAUUUCUGCUGAUUACUUUACAGUUUAAUUUGCUGAUUAUUUCGAAUUUCGUAUUUACUAAAUUUACCUUUUGAUUCCUUAUCUAUAUAUUAAUGCCGGAGAAUUACGAAAUUUAAUUUAGCAAAAACAACAAAUAUGUAUAAAUGUUAUGCCGUUACAUACUCUAGUGAUAAUUAUUUAUAUAA